UUUUCGAUUCAGGAAGAAGUUGUUGUUUGUGUCAGGUGCUUUCUUCCGUAUUUCUUUCGAGAGAUAAGUCUAUUUGAAACCAUUUCGCAAUGGCUCAAGGUGGAUGUAGUAAAUUUGGCAAAGUCUUUCUUGUCAUAAUUAACCUAGUUUUUCUGGUUCUUGGCUUGGGACUCUUGAUUGCUGGAGUAUUGGUGAAAAUAAACGCUCUUUCCUCUGAUGUGACACCCGCCCUGAACAGCGUGGAAGUAGCUGGAUACAAGCUAGGGGACCUUGCCAACAAUCUGUCCAUUGUUUUCAUCGUGAUUGGGGCGUUCAUUGUGUUGGUGUCAGGGCUAGGGCUGAUUGGAGGUUGCUGUGAAGUCAGAUGGAUGCUUGUUGUGUAUGCCAUAUUGGUGCUGAUUCUGCUCAUCAUGAAAAUAGCAGCAGUGGCGUUGUGGUUCAAAAUGAGGACCGAUUUUGAGGAGACUGUUAAAGAGGAAUUGUUUAAAUCUCUAAAUGAUGAAUAUGAAAACGACUUUCUUAACAGCACCAAUCCUAUCUCAAAUGCUUGGAAUUACGCCUUUUUAACGUUUGAUUGCUGUGGAGUUAAUCCUGUUAUGAACAAGACGGACAACGACUUUACAGCGACUCCCUGGUGCACCAAAGACCCAGGCACAUGUUAUCAGAUGGGCGGUACAAUGAUUCCUAGGUCGUGUUGUACCGGGGUGGACCAAUCAAAUUACAUAGCGAAUGCAAAUCCAGAGUGUUAUCGAGAUGUUAAAGGAAAAUAUAACGAGAUGGGAUGUUACGAUGCUGUGAAGGAUUUAAUUUCCACGUACGGGAAUGUGUUCAUUGCCAUUUCAAUAGUGGUGAUGGUUGUUGAGGUCUUUGCUGUAUUGUUUGCAAUUAUUAUCUGCCGUCAAGCUGGUUCGGAUUAGAAGUAAACGUAAGACCAUCCACAAAA